AUGGCGCCGGGCGAGAGAGAACCCAAUUCAGAUCGAGAGCUUGUGCUCAAAAGCCACCGGCACCAUCAUUCCAUGUCUGAAGCAAGCCGCCCCCAUAUCCCGAUGUGGGAUAGUGCUGACCCCGAGAGAGCACCGCCGCCGCUUCCGUUAAACCCGGGGUCAAACAGCCCAGCAACAAGAGCCAACAUUUCUGCAUCUAUACAAGCGGCUGCCACCGCGUUGGUAGAAAAGAGCCAUGACAGCACGCCCAGCACAUACACAGUAAACCCCAUGCCGUUGAAGCCUUCGGCGGAGAAAUCGCUCAUCAAAGGUCAAUAUCAUAAACGAAUGCAAUCAUAUCACAAUGCCACAACAAAUAGCCGUGAAUUUGCAUCUUAUCUCGAGAGAAGAUCGCCGGAAAAACCACUUCGUGCGAACGUAUAUGACCAAGAAGUAAAGACUCCGGAAAAGAAUCCACCUCGAUCCAGUACGGCAACGCCCCCGGGAAGAGAAUCUCCUACCCAUCGGCCGGCCAGUCGAUAUUUGUCCAAGCCAAUCCUGGGGGAAAACACACCGCCCUCUGCCACAAUGCUUGCGCUUCAAAAUAUGCAAGUGCCUAUUGACAUUGAUCUUCCCGCGUCAGCCUUGUCAAAUACCACCAACAGUGUCGCUAAACAACAGCAGCCGCCGCAGCAAGCCCCACAGAGCAUUGAAGCCCUUUCUGCCCAAAUAAUUAGUUUAACUGGCAUUGCUACAUCCUUGCAACAAGAAAUGGCGCAGCUCAGCCGCAGGAGUAAGGAUAAUGCGACCGAUCUUGUGAGCCUCAAGGCUGCCACCAACGCAAGAGAUGAAGACAUUCGGAAAAGCUUGAAAGAGCUAGCGACGAAUUUGUCUGCCAAAUUGCUGGAAGAAUCUGGAAGUCGCUCAUAUAUGAAUGCUGGGGCAGGCCCCUUUAUGAUUGAAAACAAAGACGCAUCUCCAGGCUCGAGAAAAAGCUACACGUUACCGCGUAUUCCAAGUCCAAAUAGCUUUGCCAUCGCGAUGGAAAGAGAGCUUGCAGGCUCACCCGCUAUAUCCACAGAUGGGUCCGCAAGCAUCGCACUUCUCGAGAAAGUUUUGAGGGAGAUGGCGACGAAAGAAGGGCAGGAGCAGCUGUUGCAACUUGUUGAAGGAAUGAAGUCAAAUUCUACCGACAAAAGUACAGAUGGGCCUAUGCUUACAAUGUUGGAGGAAAUUCUAAAUGUUGUGAAGGAAAGCUCUAAUAGCCGGGCUCUGGUAAAAUCGAAGUCUAGGGGUUCGGUUGAUGGGGAUUUAUCCGACCCUUUUGUAAACACUGACCCAAGGGGCGAUUCACCAGAGCCGUCUCCAUCCAAAGCAGAAGAUAUCCUCAACGUUUUAAAGCGGGUCAAGGCCAGCGUGUCGGAAGGUGGGGGAAUUACCAAUGAAGUCAAGGCGCUUGUUCGAGAACUACGCGGCGAGGUUUUGGGCAUGGGCAGGGAGAUUGCUCGAAAGCUCGAAGAGGCCGAGACACGCCAACCCGCAAAUGACACCGAGUUGGUUGUACCAAGCAAAGAGGAGAUUGAACACAUUGUCGAAGAGGGCUUGGUUCAGCUACGGAAACAGAUGGAACAGCUGAUAUCCGAAAGCCGUCAAGAACCAGCACCACCGGUCGUAAACUGUGGCUUGAGUAACGAAGAAAUUUAUUCGGCAUGUCAAAAAGCAGUGGAAGAAAGUUCUUUUGCCAAUCAACCUCCGCCUGAACCAGCGAAGCCUGGAAUUCAGAGAGAAGAAAUUCUUGAGGCGGUUAGGGAAGCUUGGGAAACUUACAAGCCUGAAAUAGAACUCCAAAAUUUUGGGCUCGAAAGAGAAGAAAUAUUGGAGUGUUUGACGGAGGGGCUCAAAGAAUACCAGCCCCAAAAAGAGGCCGUUGAACCGGGCGCCACUUACGAACAAGUUGUGGAGGCCAUCAAUAUUGCUCUUCAAGACUUCAAUCCACCACGCGUGGAGCCGGAUAUAUGCUCUAUUCGUGACGACCUUGUUAAUGCUGUGCGUGAAUGUCUGGAGAGCUUCGAGUGGCCAGUUCCUCCAGCAGUUUUCGAAAGAGAAGCACUGUCACGAGAGGAUAUCUUGAUAGCUGUUAAAGAAGCCUUUGAGAGUCGAGAACCCAUCGCAAAAGAGCCCGAAAUCAGCCGAGAGGAUGUCUUUGAAGCUGUUCGAACUGGUUUUCACGACGCGUCUAAUUCGGUCGGUGAUAACUUCGGCGGUCAAGUAAUUGAGCAUUUCAAUGGAGUAAUCACGGAGAUGAAAGAAGAGUUUAAAGAGUACUCCGCAGCAAAUGGCAGAGACACGGAACAGGUGCUCGAUGCCAUUAAAGACGGCCUUGAAGUGUUGCGCGGAGAGAUUGAAUCAUAUGUUGACCGGGCGGCAGAUGUCACUGGCAAAGACGAAAUAAUUGACACAGUGAAGGACGGAUUUCGACUUCUACAAGGCGACUUAGAAAAGACAAUCGCAGAAUCUUCAGCGGGUCGACCAACCGACACUGUCGAGUUAUUGGAUGCUAUGGAAAAGGAAUUCGAACACCUCCGCCAGACACUUAGCGGCCUUCUUAUCCGAAGUAAUGUUUCCAGUGAAAAAGAUGAGAUUCUUGAUGCGAUUCGUGAUAUCACAGAAGGGGAUCAUUUCAAGAAAGACAAUCCUGAGCUAACAAAUACAAUCCAAGAGGAAUUUGGGCACUUGCGAGACACUCUCAGCAUGGCUAUCGUGAGGGCAGAUCCAACAACGGAGAAGGAUGAGAUCAUAUCUGCCAUGAAGGAAAGCCUCGAGACUUUGCUUGGUGAAUACACCCAGAAGAAAGACAAUGAGAGCAUCCUAUCUAACACGAGCGAGCUCCUCGACGCGUUCCAUGACGGAGUUGAUGCCCUUCGGUCUGAUAUGGACAAGAUAUUGAACAAAACUUCAGACACCAGCUUCAAUGAUGAACUGUUCGAGACACUUAAAGACGGAUUGUCAAACAUUAGGGCGGAAAUUGAGGAGCUCCGUGAGUUCCAGAAGGAAGAAAAUGAAAGCAAUGCUGCACGAGGCAAGGAGUUGAUGCUGAAGAAAGAGUCGUCAAUUGGCGCCGAUAUUGAGAGCCUCAAGGCAUUGGUUAUUCAGUUGCAAAUUAAAGUGGACUCCAUCGACCAAACGCCUAAAACCCCUGAAAUAGAUCCAAACAUCGCCAAAAAAGAGGAUUUGACAGAAAUGCUCGACGCUGUCAAAGAGAUGCAGGGCCUUGUUUCGGAAAUUGGUUCUCGUGAAAAUCCAAUGGAUGGCGCAGCAAUGAAAGAAGAUGUUGAAGCUGUCGGAUUGCUUGUUGACAAUAUCAAAUUGCGCCUAGACGAGAUGUCUACCUCAACAAACGCUAGUUUUGUCACUGCUGAACGUGUGGAAGGCUUGGAAGUCCUUACAAAGGAACUUAAGGAGCUAAUCAGCGGAUUUGUCACGCACGUGGAAAAAGAAGCACCUACAAAGGCCGAAGUCACCAAUCUAGAGACCGUUUUGAAAGACAUCUGGACAGUCGUAGAAGAAAUUAAGAGCUCAUCAUCAAAGGAGCCCGAGGAUGACUCUGCAAAAAUCAACAAGGAGGACUUCCAGAAUCUGGAAACCCUGAUGUUCGAGAUUAAAGCCCAGCUAGAUGACUUCGUCCUUCCAGAUGUGGAGACACUACCCACUAAAGAUGAGCUCAGUCUACUCACGUCCUUAGUAAAUGAGUUCAAAGAAAAGGUAGAGGCUGAAAAUCAAAUGACAGCGCAAGCGUUUGAGGCCCGCAAAGUAGAGCACGGAGGUAUUGCUGAGAAAAUUGAAGACGCAAAGGCUUUGAUCAGUGGACUCCGCGACGAGAUUAGGGAAAAGCUCGCUGAAAGUGACCAGAGUUUUAGUGAUAUUAAAACGAUGGUCUUGGGCUUCAACGAUGCGGCUGAGGAGUUGGCUAAAGCAGAAACAAUUAAAGAGCUUUCCGACCUUGUGACUCGUGAAUUUGAACGGUCUCAUGGGGACCGUGAAGCAGUCAAAAUGGAAUGGGAGGAAAAGCACAGUGAAUUGCUGGCGAAGCAGGAAGACGGCAAGGGUGCUAUCCUCUCAGACCUGGGCGCGAAACUCGACGAAAAAUUUGCUGAAGUUAUUGCGAAAUAUGACGAUGCUCAAACUUCCUUAGAAGAUAAAUUUUCUUCCACCGAGGAAAGGGACGUGCAGGCGCUUGAGUCACUCACUGGCACAAAGAACCUUGUCGAAGAUAUCAAGGCUGUCAUAGAUGGCUUGGGAACCACUUUGACGGAAGCAUGCGACAGGAUGAGUGACGACGCAAAAACAUUUUUCGAACGAGUGGAUCAGUCGUUUUCAAAAGUUGACGAAUUGCACUCUGAUGUAAAGAUGCAGCAUGAAGAUAUAAAGAGCCAGUUUGAACAAGCCUUCGCAGCAACUGAUCGAUUGGAGCGCCAUGCCGCAGAUUCUCACCCCGAGCUUCUGAGCUCUCUCAAAGGAAUAUUAGAUAUCGUUGGCCAGCACUACGAGCAUUCUCAAAAAGCGACCGCAGAGAUCAAGACUGAUCUUUCAACAAUACCUCAGGCAAUUACUCCGCUUUUGCCCAUGCUGGCAUUGCCAGCUCCAGAGGAACCUAAAGAAGAGCCAAUGUACGAGAAAUAUGACGACACCACGGUGCAAGAGAAGUUGGAUACACUCCUUUCCAAAGAAAAUCCGCAAUGUGAGAAGUACAAUGAUUCACAAAUCCAAGAGAAGUUGGAUGCGCUGCUCCUGAAGGAUAUCCCAGAACCGGAGAGGUAUGACGAUGGUCCAGUACAUGCGAAACUGGAUGAAAUUCUCGGCAAGGAGCUUCCACAAUGCGAAAAGUAUGACGAUUCACAAGUUCAAGAAAAACUAGAUGCACUUAUUCUUAAGGACUUUCCAGAAGUGGAGAAGUACGACGAUACGCAGGUACAUGAGAAGUUGGAUGCCAUUCUCGCAAAAGAGCAGCCACAGGCAGAGGUGUACGAUGACUCGAAGGUACAUGACAAACUUGACACGCUGUUAAAGGAAUCGAACGCAACAACCGAAUCUAUUGCGAGAAUCGACAAGCUCGAUGAAAUUCACGAGCGUCUCACAAGCAUGGCAAAGGAGGUCGGCGAAUUAAUGGCGACGCAGUCAAAGAUCAUUACCGAGGAGCACGAGAGCAAGAAGAAGGAGGCAAUAGAAACGGCAAUCGCUUUGGAAAAGAGAUUGGCCCAAAAGGAGAAAGUCGAGGCCGAGGUUGUCACACUUAAUGAAGAGAAAGAAAUCCUCCUCGAGUCGAUGAGACUGCUUAGAAAAGACAACGAUGAACUUUCGAAAGAGAACGUCAGACUGGCCAAAGAAGUAGCAGGCCUAGAGACAGCCUUGCGCAUCCGCCGUGAAGAAGUUCAGCUUAUGGAGAGUCGCGCCGAAGAUCUCGAACGUAGAAUCGUUGAAGGCGUUUUGGAUCAUGCUCGAAGCCAACUCCUUGGUCGAUCUAUACCUCUUGAUAUGGCGAACAUGAAACGCGUUCCAAGCUCUGCGAGUACAGUGACCCGGCGCAGUACUGCUAGUACGUCCACGAAAGACAGUGGGAUUCUAGGAAGUGGUGUCAAUGUAGCGCUGAAACGACGACCGCCUUUGAGAUCGAAAGCCUCAUCCACCUUAUCCUCGAGUUCGGGGAACGAGAGGAGGAUCCUCAGUCUCAAUCAUGUCUCAGGAAAUCGUGGACCUAAAGACCGACAGUCUUUGCCACAAACUAGCAGUGGUGGCCUGUCUAAUCUCAAGAGAAGUCAUUCUGUUAAAUCCACCUUUCCAUUUCGCAAAGCCUCUUGGGAUACAACAAGUUUCAUGGCAAAUAAAGAAAAUGAAGUUGUAAAGGAAGAGGAUGAGACAUCUGUUGCUGAUGAAAGUGAUACUGGAACAGAGAGAAGAACGAGCUAUUCAAGUAUCCGCGAGGAUGAUCUGUCCUCAAUAAAUGGCAGUAUUUUCUCAGCUGAUCGAAAGAUUAGCUGCAGCUCGACCAACGCUCUCGUUUCAGCGCAACAAGGGGCGUUCGUUGAGGAAGCAAAUAGCGGUGAUAAAAUAGAUUCAAAAGGGGAUACAAUCGAAGACGAGGGUGAAGAGCAAAGCGUGCUAGAGCCCGAUUCUGGAGAUGAAGAUGGUGUCGAUGGGCUGGCGGAGGUGAACGAGAAUGAACUAGUUCGAUAUGCCCAGGGUACUGAUAGCGGUAUCGGGGCGGACCUAGCAGAAAAUGGGGCGAAGGAGUCGGUUACUGCGUAG